UUCCCAUCAGUCCGUGCGCGGGCGGCGUCCAUCUUGUUGCUGUCUGUGCGGACAACAUUUCACAUUUCUGAGGGAAAAAGUCGGGCCGAAUUGUCUGUUGGCGGCGCCUCUCGCUCGAUUCUAGGCCCGAGACCUGGUGGCUGCGACUGUUUGCGACGCGUGUGAGUUAGUUCUUGGACUGUAGUAGCUGUUACAGGGCAAUAUGAGCGCGCCGAGAGAGAAGAAGAAAGGGGGAGGGCUGAUCAGCCGACUGGCCAAAGAGAAGAAAACGGAGAAGAACCAAAACUACAUCACCGAAGAGGAACUACUCCAGAAGGAGAACAUCUCACCAGAAGACGUCCUGAAACUCCCCAAAGUCACAGAAAACUACCUGUGUGAGCCAGAAGCGAACGUGUUCCAGAUCGACUUCACCAGGUUCAAGAUCAGAGACAUGGACUCCGGAACGGUUCUGUUCGAAAUAGCAAAACCUCCUCCUUCAGAAGACGACGAACCAGAUGCAGAGGCAGAGGACAUUGACCCCAACGCUGGUCGGUUCGUCAGAUACCAGUUUACACCACAGUUCCUCAAGCUCAGAACAGUCGGCGCAACAGUGGAGUUCACAGUAGGAGACAAGCCGGUGAGCCAGUUCCGCAUGAUCGAGCGACACUACUUCAGGGAACGACUUCUCAAGAGUUUCGACUUCAACUUCGGCUUCUGCAUCCCAAACAGCAAGAACACCUGCGAGCACAUAUACGAGUUCCCCGAGCUGGCCCCCGACCAGAUUCAAGAGAUGAUCGACCAUCCGUACGAGACGAAGUCGGACAGCUUCUACUUCGUGGACAACAGCCUGAUCAUGCACAACAAGGCCGACUAUGCCUACAACGGCGGAAUCAUGCAGCAGUGAACUCUGGGAGAACUCCAGGGCAUCAUGGGAUACUUCAGGGCAGCAGAUUAGGUCUAGCGUCGGCCAGUAACCUUUGAACUCCCGCCUCGACCCCUGCCCUCCAAAGAAACGAUCCUGACCCUACCCUAGAUUGGAAUGGUACGGCCUGCAUCAGUGCUGACGCUAGCUGUAGCUGAGGAUCCUCCAUUUUAGAUACGGGGGUGGUGUGGAGUUUUCAAUAGUUACUGGCCCUGUGUAGUGUUUUUCAUGAUCUGGAUUUAAUUAAAGUUUGGUUCUUAUUCUUCUUCACGUAUCGGGGAGCUUACGGUCCCCCAGAGUGUAGCACUACAGCCAUAAACUAAUAAACAUACAAACAUCCGCACGGAAAAUAAACAUUUGCCUUGUGUGGGCUGCGAGUUCAGCAUUGCUUCAUCUCUGACAAGCACCCCUACAGAUAGAAUGGACCUUACCGCUUUACCCUGUGUGUCUGUUUAGAGAAAUCCUGUUUUAGAGCAGUUGAUUUGACAGCGGGGGUGUUUUUUUUAUAUGAACUGUUUGCUACAUGAUUUGUUCUGGUGACCUGCAGCAGCCAUAUUGGAGAUCUCUGUAGAGGUCAAAGUGUAAAGGUCAACACACUUUACAACCAGGUGAAAGGUUAACAGUGGGCCUGGGUCAUAGUUCACACCUACUGUUACCAUCUGACAACUGUGGAUGCAGGCUAGUCCAUUUCUCCGUACAGGGGUGCAAAUAUUUUUUAUCCUACAACAGACUACAGACAGGUCAUUCCACUAGUCUCUGCACUAUCCUGCCCCCACCCUUUGUCAAAGUGUAACAGUCCAGUCUUGGUCAACACUAUUUUCCAACUCCGGCAGACCUCUGGUGCAAUAGUGUAACCUGCAACCCCCUGUUGCACAGUGGGAAAGUCUAGUUUUCUGUCGUCAGAACAACCUGUUUGGAUUGCACCACUUUAGAAAUGGGGGUGUGCCAGGAGUGUACUGUACAGUUUGGCUAUGCUGGGAAAUAAGUACAUGUAGUUAGAGAAAGUUUGAAGCCGACUUUCAAAAUCCGCAGAAACACUGAUUUUACCUCUACUGAUCUCUCUCUCUGGCAAAAAUGAAUGAUUUUGGUCUUGUUUCCGACAGCUUUUUUCUCAAAACAUUUUCCUGAUUUUGUUUGGCACAGCAGAAACAUGUGUGUGGGUAUAAAAUGAAAUUGCACUUCUAACACCUCAGAGAGACGUUAGGAAUGCAAGAAAAUUAUCAAAUGAAAUGUGAAGAAGACUUCUUCGCCAAAACAAUUGUGGAAUCAGUGGGUGUGUUGUCCAACCCUGACGCUGUUCUGAACUGUAAUGAUGCAUAAAUCUGCUAGGGGGAGCACUUGUUCAUACCGUGUAAGAUUGUACAUUGACUCAUUCAACACACUAUAGCUAUAAAUAAUUCUAUAAAUUAAGUGUGAGAGAAACAUAGGCAUGGGAAGUCUCUAGAUUUGUAUGGAGUCUGUGUUGUGUUUGGAUUGGAGUUGUGCUGCAAAAGUUUAAUCGCUUGUUCUGUCCAUAAUUUGUUUGUAUUUAGGAACGCUGUACACUGACUAGAUUGUUUCCACUUCUAUUAAUUCUGUGCUUGGACAAAUACAUGUUAUU